GCGGAAGAGUUGCGCGGAGACGGUUUCCGAGGAGCCGAGGGUAUAAAGCGCCUGCUUGUGCCGCUCGCCGCCUGCUUCGGAGCCCGCCGCUGCCGUUGCUGCCGCCUCCAUCUCAGUCUCUCGCCGCUACCGCCAGUCGUGACAGCGCCGGCCGCUCGACCGUCUGCCCCGGACCUUGACCUGACAGGACCCGGCGCGAGCGGAGUCAGUGCGGCGGCGGCGGCAGCAGCAGCAGCCCGCCCCUGCAAGGGGGAGCAGCCGGGCCCCGGCAGACCAGCGCGCUCCGUGAGGAGCAGAUGUCCUGAGGUUUGUCGGUCUCAUCACUGGGUAAAACUCUUUACUGUGCCUCUCCAUUUGCACUGCUUGAGGAAGGGAAGCCAGCUGUGUUAAUGCCUAGACUGCUUGAAUGACAGCCUGAUCAGGAGAAUUGAGCUGCUGUAGCACUCUCACUUGCCUCAACCUGCCUGACAGUCACAAAGCUGAGGGCACCUGGUGCAGCCACCUGGCUGAAGCGAAAAAGGUGUCACGUCUCAGUGCCUGGAUAAGAGACCUUCUGGGGCCCCCAUAUUAAUCAGCACUCGAUGGGGAUUACCAGUGGAGCAGCCCUUUGUGUCACCUUUCCACCUUUGUGUAGCAAGCAAAACAACUUCAGCACCUCUUCAAUAAUAAUUAUGAAACUAGUAUUAACUGAAUGGCAAUUAUGGAUUUUUAACUCUAGUUCACAGUAGACAAAAGCAAGCCAGCAAGCCAUAUGUUGAAUUUCCUACCAAAUAGCUUUUUGCUCCUCUGAAUGUUUCCAAGUCUACAUGAGAAAUUGAUGACGAAACCUGUUCAUAACAAGGGGAAUUACAAAUAUUGCUUGCACAAGGAACACGACGCCAUCAGAAAGAGAAGACACCGUAACUUAUCGCUAGAGAUGAUAGUGUUAUUUAUAUAGAUAGAAUAAAUAAAUAUAUAUAUAUAUAUAUAUAUUUUUAUGGUAAUGAAAAUGGCUCCCCAGAAUGCUGACUCGGAAUCUAUGCAAGCUCAAGAGCUACCUGUGGUACAGCUCCAGAAACCGGAAAACGAGAAUGAGAGUAAAGAAGAGACCAUAAGUGAAGGAUCCAUAGAUCGGAUACCUGUACGUCUCUGGGUAAUGCAUGGUGCCGUAAUGUUCGGCAGGGAAUUUUGUUACGCCAUGGAGACAGCUUUGGUGACACCAGUAUUGUUACAAAUCGGUCUUCCUGAACAGUACUAUAGCCUCACGUGGUUCCUCAGUCCAAUCCUGGGCCUGAUCUUCACUCCUUUAAUAGGUUCAGCUAGUGACCGCUGUACUCUCAGCUGGGGCCGCCGGCGGCCUUUUAUUCUUGCCCUCUGCAUUGGUACCCUCUUUGGAGUUGCCCUUUUCUUAAACGGCUCCAUUAUAGGUCUAGCCAUUGGAGAUGUUCCAGACAAGCAGCCAAUUGGCAUCGUUCUCACUGUGCUGGGAGUGGUGGUCUUGGAUUUCUGCGCUGAUGCAACGGAGGGGCCGAUCCGGGCCUAUCUGCUGGAUGUGGUGGACAGCGAAGAGCAGGACAUGGCGCUCAAUAUCCACGCCUUCUCAGCUGGUCUCGGAGGAGCCAUUGGCUACAUGCUGGGGGGCUUAGACUGGAUGCAGACUUUCUUCGGGGCCCUCUUCAUAUCCCAAGAGCAAGUCCUCUUCUUCUUUGCCGCCAUUAUUUUCUCCAUCUCUGUUGUGCUGCACCUUUGCAGCAUUGAAGAAGAGCAAUACAACCCUCAGCAGGAUAGGAUCGAUGACGAAGCCGACACCCUUUCAAGCGUCAAGCUGAGCGGCAGCCUCCCGCCUCUGAGUCGGCUGAAUGUCAUCAGCGAGGAAGACCCUUAUCGGACCUCCUUGUUCCGGGACGAGGUCCAGUCCGAGCAAGACCUCAACAUGGAGUUCCUCGAUGUGGACAUUGUGCGAAGCAAGAGCGACUCUGUCCUGCACAUGCCUGACGCCACCCUAGAAAUGGAGCCUGAGCUGCUUUUCCUGCACGACAUUGAGCCUUCCAUUUUUCACGACUCUUCUUACCCAAACACCCCUCACAGCACCAGCCAGGAACUCAUGAAGUCCAAAUUCAACCGCCUGUCUGCUUUCCUCAGGGAAAACGAGAAAGAGGAGGAUAUGUUACUUGAUAAUCACUUGAAUGAAGCCAAAGUCCCCAACAGCAAUGGCUCCCUACCAAAAGAUCUCCUGAAUGGACAUGCUAGGAUUGGCAUGAAGCAGUCGAGCACCUCGAAUUCCAUGCGCAGGCGGAGGCACAUGUUCUACCGCCAGCCCUCCCACACCUUCUCCUACUACGGCAAGAUCGGCUCCCACCGCUACCGCUUCCGGCGGGCCAACGCCAUCGUCUUGAUCAAGUCCUCCCGGAGCAUGAACGAUAUCUACGACAUGCAGAAGAGGCAGCGGCAGAGGUGCCGCCACAGGAACCAGAGCGGCACGACCAACUCCAGCGGAGACACGGAGAGCGAAGAGGGGGAGACGGAAACGACAGUCAGGCUCCUGUGGCUGUCCAUGCUGAAGAUGCCGAAGGAACUCCUGCGGCUGUGCCUCUGCCACCUCUUAACCUGGUUUUCCAUCAUUGCUGAAGCUGUCUUCUAUACCGACUUCAUGGGGCAGGUCAUUUUUGACGGCGACCCAAAGGCCCCUUCAAAUUCUACCGAACUGCACGCCUACAAUGCAGGGGUUCAGAUGGGCUGUUGGGGACUGGUCAUCUAUGCUGCUACCGCUGCUGUGUGUUCAGCCUUGCUACAGAAAUACUUGGACAACUAUGACCUCAGCAUCAGAGUGAUCUACAUCCUGGGCACGCUGGGCUUCUCCAUUGGCACAGCCGUGAUGGCCAUGUUUCCCAACGUGUACGUUGCCAUGAUAAUGAUCAGCACCAUGGGAAUUGUCUCCAUGAGUAUAUCCUACUGCCCUUACGCACUCUUGGGGCAGUACCACGACAUCAAGCAGUAUAUUCACCACAGCCCUGGAAACUCCAAGCGAGGUUUUGGUAUAGACUGCGCCAUUUUGUCCUGCCAAGUCUAUAUCUCCCAGAUCCUGGUGGCCUCUGCGCUAGGAGGAGUGGUGGAUGCCGUGGGCACAGUCCGGGUCAUACCAAUGGUAGCCUCAGUGGGCUCUUUCUUGGGCUUCCUGACGGCCACUUUCUUGGUGAUGUACCCAGAUGUGGGCGAGAGUCCAAAGGAAGAACAGAAAGAGCUGGCCCCUCCUGAGGCAGCUGAAAGGGAUGAUGUGAACGGGGAGAAACCAACCGUGAUAAAACUCUCUCGAAAAGAAGUCACCGCAUCAGGAGUGGAAAAUGAAUCAACUGUAUGAACAAAUCAUCAUUUGCACACAUUCCAAGCCAUUCAGGUGCAUGAAUUGGAACAUUCUUAAAAGCAAAACCUGAACUUUCAAAAGACAUCCUUGCUGUUUGACUUGCAGCAAUGGAUUCAAUGGUUCUUUCAUGCAAAAAUGUAGACAAAAUUUCAUAGUCCUAGGAUAGCCUUGAAUAGGUAGCUUUGAUGCUGAUUGCUUUCUCUACAAUCCAGAAAAUUUCCUUUCUUAGAGGUAUUUUUAAUGAAGAGAAAUGCACUUGGGUUUCCAAGGUGACUUUUAUCAAUGGGCAAGAAAACUUUCUUCUUGCUUAUGUGUUUUGUUUUUUAAACUGUCAUGGUGGUUUUUCAAAAUUCUCAAAUUACCCAUUUGGACAACUUAUUAUUUUUUUGCUAUUUUAGACUGCAAUUGAAAACAAAAGCAAACGAGAUUUCCUGAUUGUAACUUUGUUUUGGUCUGACUCCUUCAGAUCUUGCAAGUUUAGUAGGAUGAUGUAUUUUAGAAUUGAUGCAAUAUUAAGCUGACAGCUGCAGCUCUGUGCUUUACGCUCCCCCUCCCCUCCCCUUUGGACCACAGUCUGGAUUCCAUUAUUUUCAGUGCAAUUACUACUAAGUAUUUUUUCUUCCCAAACUUCUUUUGAGCAUGUUACGGCAGUUACUGUGAGAAUUGCUGUUGCUUUAUUUUUAUUUUUAUUAUUUUAAUUCAAGCUGUUUGGAGCAUCCGUCCCUGGUGGCCGGAGACUGCCAGGGUCCCUGGAGCACAGUCGGUUUGCUAUAGAGAUAGGGAUGCUUUGAUGGUUGAGAAGGACUUUUGGAAGGCCUCAGGUGGCAUGUGGAGUUUUAAAGCGCACCAGUGGAACAUGCUGUGACCCAUUUUGACGGGGAGCUGGUCAAAAUUUGAAUAUUUUUUGUUUCCUCCUUUCGGCGGCGUUUGAAAGCCAAUCAUCUCCUUUGUGACCAGAGCUGCUUUGGGAAUGGAGAUCCCUCCCCCAUUGUCGGUUUCUUCAAAUGGGUUGUGAGGGUUCCCUUUGUUUAGAAGGGGCUGUUGAUUGCACUUUUCCUGAUCUUCUGGGCUGGAAAUUGUGAUAGCGGAGUUUUAAAAGGUAGUCUCGCUGCGACGAGCAAAAACCAAAGGCCUACCUCUGAUACUGCAGCCUAGAAAGAGAGUGCGUGUGUGUGUGGCUGUGUUUUUUAAAAAUAAAAAAAAUAAAAUGUAUCUUGAAACAGCUUUGGACCUUUAAAAACAUCCAACAUUUUAAAAAUGCUGUAACUUUUUCCUAGGUCUAGGAGUUGUCUGCUGGAGCAUUACUGAGCUGUUUCCCCAGUUCCUUUUGGCCCCAGGCUCCUUACCCUUCCCAUCCCGCUCUUUGACUUCAUUCUGGUUUCAGGACAAGAGCAGUGGUACACAAAGGAUGCCGCUGCUUGAAUGUGUCACUUGACCUUUUCAGGAAGAUCAUGGGUAAGCCAGACAUUGAUACCACACCAGGUCAAUGCUAGGUAUUGACAGCCUGUUAGAGGAUGUCAUUAGGAGUAGGCAGCUUUGUAGGAGGCCUGUCCUUGAACGUUCUCUUCGGCCUGCAGGCAGUACAGGUCAGAGAGGCUGCAGCUGGUUUGCAGGCUGAGCGCAGCGAAUCCGGGCUGCUUUUGUGAUAGUUCUGCUGCCUCAAACUUGCCUAUUUAAGAUGCAUGUCUCGAACCAUGCUGUAAGUAUAGUAAUUUGAAAGCAAAUAUCUAUCUGUCUGCCUCUCUAUAUGUACACAUAUAUUUCAGAAUGAAAAGCAGUUUUUAACAAAUUACUUGAAUUGUCAAUGUAUGUAUGUUUGACAUAGCUAAAGUGGUAAUUGUCUUGCCGGCAUCUUUGGAUAGUUUGAUGGCAUCUUCUGUUCGUUCUUUAGCUGUGUCUUUCAAUCCCGUCAAUUUACAUUUUUUUACCUCCAUCAGGGGUGAAUAGGCUCUUUAUUAGACCAGAAGGAAUUCAUACAUGCUCAUUUUAUAUAGUUUCACAGAACUAUUUUUUAAAUGUCUGAGAAAAGACUCAGGUCCCCUGCCCCUUAAAAAAAAAAAAACAGUAUCUAGAGAACAUUUCAUUUAAAACUUCUUUCCAGAGGACAGUAUAAUACUACUGAAGCAACCUAGUUAUGGACUAGAUCGUUCAGGAGCCUUUCACUAAGAGUUUAGCCUUUAACACCUCCAUUAUGAGUGGAUGUUGUCUGCCACACAUGAAUGCAAGGCAGCUUUUCUUUUGAAAACUUGCUCAGUGACAUUUAUUUUAAGCAUAAAUUGUACUUUGUUCUGAGAGGAUCCUGCUUUGUUGCUCUUGAAGGCUUGUAAAGAUAGGAAGUUGACACUUCUGCUUUUAUCCUGCCUUGUACUUUUAGAAGCAGCGCAGUGGCAAGAUGGUUGUUGGGAAAUUGAACUAUUUGUUUUAAGCACCUAGUCGCUCUUUCAGUGGAAUCUUCUCUUAAUGCAGUUUGAAUUUCAGCCAAGCUGCCUUGUCUCUUCCUUGAAGGCUAUUUUUCCCUUGACUCGCUGUCUCUGCUAGGAACUGUUCAGGGUUAGGAAGGCAAGUAUUGAUUUCACUUUGUUACAAAAAUGAAAGCUUCCUUUUCAGCGGGCUCAAAUCUUUUUAAUUUUAGAAGAGAGUCAACAUCAGAGGCUCCUGGCCAGUCCUUGGAUCCUACAGACUCCUGCUUUCUGACCAGCUCUGGUUGCUGGGUCACCAUUUUAACUUUACUGAUGGUUCUGCCAAAAUCUGAAAUGCCGUUACGCAUUGUAAACAUGGCACAAGAAGAAAAGUGGCAGGUCUUGGCAACUCUCUGAUCUUUUGUACCCUUAGUUUAGGGGAACAUUGCCAAACAAGAGAUCUAGCUGUGGGUCAAAUUCUGGAGGGGAGGGGCCUUGUAGCAGGGUCUAAAGCUUCCUCAUUGAUUUGCCCUGUUACCAUUUCUGUCCUAGAAUUCUCAAUAGAAUUUCCCUUCCUGCCCCCUGGAAUUAACACCUUAGGUAUUCUGGACGAUGGCUUCCAAAACAUACUCCUGCCUGUGGAGAGACGCAAGUAACUUAGUCUGAGUAUUGUCAUCAACUGGGCUUAACUGCAGAGCCAAAGUUGAAAGAGGAAGCUUCAUUUCUGUCUAGGAGCCAGUUGUGUAUGUUUUGCUUUUUGUAGAUGUGUUAAUGGCUUGAUCCCAUGUCCUUAAAUCCCAAUACGAGAUCUACUUCUUUCCCGUUUGGUAUCUUCAGAUGCAGAUAUUCAAACUAAGCUAAACAGAACUUAAUUGGAAAGUGAGAAGGCAGAAUGAUUACUAAGUAUGCUUCUUACAUAAACUGUGAAAACCAUUUAGACAUGCCACAGGCAAGUACACAACCAGUCUAAGGGCACAUUUACCAUUCAGGCUGCAACAGCUUGGUUUUUAUGGCUUCCAGCCCAACAUACCUUGGAACUGUAAUUCUGGAUUUGGCUUGGGGUCUUUAACAGAAUUCUCCACCAUUUCUCAAGUUCUAUAGAGAAAGCAGCAGCAGUUAAAUUGUUUUCAUCUGACUCACACAUAUACUUCUGUUGCAUUAGUCUGCCUCUUUCAGAACAUAUUGUGACUGGCUUUAAACAUUUUCUUUUCCUCUUCAACGUUGAUACAUCCCAUCUUCACAUUUGGAGUUCAACUAAAUCUUUGUGGUCAUGCUAGAAUUCUUCUACAGCUUCCAUCAGGUAUCUGUAGUAAGGGCACCAUCUCUUGGGUUUUAUAGGGUUUGAAAGGUUUAAAUGCAAUCUUUUAAGGAAUUAUAGAACUUGAUUUCCACUCACAAUGUGCAACCAGACUUAAGACCAGUUUGUACAAUUUUCGUGACUUAGAGACAGCAUCAACCUUCUUCAAAAUGAGUUCUUAUUUGCACAUUGGGAUUUUGACCCAGUCAUUUUGAUACUCUGAUCUUUCACCUACCUAUUCUGUCAACCAGAUAUUUUUUCAACCAAGACAUGUGGACAAUUGAUCCUCCUCCAUUUUUAAGAGAUGAGGCUAUAGGGAGUAGGGAAAAAUACCCCACACUAAGAUUGGAAGACUGGAACUCAUUUGAUCCUAAUGAGGAUAAUUCCUCAUUUCCAGCUCCUAUGGCGAAACCUCCAGGAUUUUUAGGAGGACAAGUCCUAGCCAAGAUGUGGGAGUAAUAUCAGUUGCUCUGCACUCUGAUUUUGAAUUCCUUCUGCUGAAGCCUGUUUGAUAGGUCUGUGGCAGUGAGUUGCAACUUCAGGCCUGCAGUCCAGAACUGAGCUGUAUGGUGAGAGCAGUGAAUACCUUGUCUUGAUUUUAGCUGCAUGGAGUUGUAACCUUAAAAGGCAGGUUAGUGCCACUUGCACUCAGUUCUGUGGUCUUUAGAAGAGGCUUUUAAUACCCUUUUAAGGCACUCGUUUGUGCCACAGAAGAGGAGAACAUAGUUGUUAGGCCACAAAGCCGAGGCUGAUGGAUCCCUCCACUGUGAAGCACUUUGUGAUAACUUAAACCCAGCCGAGUGUUUUUCCUUUGCAGCUAACUUAGUGGUUUGGCAUCUUCUGGUUUUGCUUUUUCAUCAUAAAUCUUUUUCUUUAUUUAAAAAGAAAGGGAUUGGACCUAGCCUGCCCACCCCUCAUUCCGCUGCCACUGCUGCUGUCCUUAUACAUUGGAACGUGACAUUCACUAGUUUUCUCCCAUCUACUAACAAGAUGCAAUCAGCUGCCACUUAGAUCCAUUAGUUGCUUCGUAUACAAGCCAAAAUCUUGCAUGACCCCCACCCGGCCCGGCCCGAACACAUGUAGCAACUUCAGUACCUGAAGUGUCUUUUUUGGGAAAUGUGAUUUGGUUUUUAUUCAUUUGCAGCUAUCCUUGAUUUCUGUUGAUAGGCCAAAAAAAGUAACAGACACCAAAAUGUUGCACAGAAAUGGAAAACGAUAACCAUGUUGGGAAGAGCAGAAGAAGGAAAGAUUCCAAAAUUCUUCUGUGUGUCUUCUCCUAGCUAUGGAUUCUUAAGCUUGCAAGUUUAGUCCUAUAAAGUGGUGAUUUCUGCAAGAAAACACCAAGCUACCUGAUUUUUAAGACUGCAUUGGGGAGAAAAAGUCAUUUGCAAAACAAAAAGGAAGAUAUUAACUACCCAGAGUUCUGCGGUUCAUGUUGUCCCCAUAAUAAAAAAUAUUUUCUUUGAGGAAGGGCCUCAGAGAUUAGUACAUGAAUUCUAGGAGCAUAGACAAAGUUCUUAUUUGAGCAGCUUCGUUACAGCAGUUAAAUUUAGAUGAGCAAUGGUUUGGCUUUAAUUCUAGAGUUAAAUGACUCUUAGAUCUUAGAGGAGAUGAAUUCUUUCUUUCAACAACUUGUAUGCCCAAAGGUAGCAUUUUUUCCAGCUAUGGAGAUAGUUCCUGGGUGUGCAAAACGUUUCAUGCAAAUUUGCAACACACAUGCAAGGUGUGUAGAGUUACUUAGGUCUCUGCACAUUUUGUGGAGCAGACUCAUCUUUGAGCAAGCUGUGUGAACAGGACACAUUUGCAAAUCCACUUCGCAGGAGCCAAGGCUAAAUUCACUGCCUGACUCCAGUGUCUUUUCACAGUUGCCUAAAAUGAAGAAUUCCACCCACUGCAACUCCUCUCAUUAUGCACGGUUAGGGAAUAGGGAAAUGGUGCUGGAAUUCCUUCUAAACUUCUCAAGUUUUGUAAGCACUUAAGGAAUCCUCCUAUAGCUACAAAAAUGUUACCUGAUAGGUCUUGCCAAGGACCAUUCCCUGCUAAUGUGUCUGAGAACUGGGUGUCCAUACCAUCAUACUUUCUGAUCAACUCAGGGGCCAUAGUAGGGGUUAUGCAUUUUCCAGGUAACUGCCAGUAAAGUAAUUUCAUGUGAUAGGGUGCCCAAAUGAUAAAGUUCGGGGGGAGGGGGAAUCAGGAUCCCACUGUAAAUUGGGUCACGAAACAAAUUGCAUUGAUGAAAUUUCAAAAUGUCUAGCUUUUUCUGAAAAUUAGAAACCGCAUCAAGACAUCUCGGCCCCGCCUAGCUUGGCCAUCGCCUGUGUUAUUGUUCACUUUGAAAUAGGAUUUUUAAUUCAAGAGAAGCAUAAUAUUCUACUGGGUAAUAUGAUUUGACCAGCCAAAUUGUUCCAAAUUAAGUAUUUUGCUGCUGUUAUAUCAUUGUUUAAUGUGUACUGCAACAUGGACCUGAAACCUUGGUAGCCAAAUGACCAGGUGAAUACUAAAAAAAAUGCCUCCCUUAGUGAAAAGCUGCAUAUAGGCAUCUCAUAAUGAAAAAAGUAUAAGUAAAUAUAUAUAUUUAGUUCCAUUGUGAACUGGCCAUAUGACAACUUCUUUUUUAUCAACUUAUUAAGUUGGGGCACUAUACUAGCUCUUGCUGAGUUUAGCAAUGUUUAUAAGCGUGUGUUAAACACAUAAUGUUUCAAGUUUAAUGAGGGAAAGGGGAUAACAAGAAACGUGACCGAUGAAUGUGUCUGAAUGGAUUAGAUGGCAGAAUGUUCUGGGAAUUUGAUUUCAACAGAGAGCUCUCUUUUCUGGUUUUUAAGGUAAAGACUUGUUGCAUGAGAAACAGUUUAACUGUUCUGCACUUUUCGUCUCUGUAAUUUUUUUUCCAUUUAUGGAUAGAAAUGGCUGAAUGUAGAGUUAAAAAGAAAAACAACCACUAUUUCACAUUUACAUGUGUUCAGUCCAUUGUUCUACAGUUCAAUCUUAAUAAACAUUUCAAUAUGA